GAUGAUAAUAUCGCUACUCGUCCCCACCGGUUGCCUGGGUAUGCGGGAGAGCAUGUUCACCUUCACAACUUCCCUCUUCACCCCGAAGCGGAACACAGGGCCAACAACAUGACAACGGGCGUACCCGCUCCGCUUUCGCUCCAACCUGCAGAGGCCUGGGUCGGGAACGACGGAUCAUGGUCGGGCUUCGUCGUCCAGGUGGGCACUCCGCCGCAGAACUUCACGGUACUGCCAGCCACCAGCGGCCAACACACAUACGUUCCCUCGGCGGACGAUUGCCAGCGCACGAAUCUAACUGACUGCGGGUCUUCGCGAGGCGUAUCGCCAUUUGCGAACCAGCCCAGCCCUGGAUUUCAGACCAAUGCAUCGAGCACCUGGGACUUGAUCGGGAUAUACGAACUUGGCAUCAACUCACGACUGGGCUAUUCCGGGGGCGCUGUUUCUGGAUAUGAGACGCUUAACUUUGGAACCGAAGUCCCAAACGGGCGCCAACCUUCCGAUAAACAGGUCGUGACAUCGUACGUCUCUCAAGACCUGUGGAUUGGAACACUAGGGCUGGGAUAUGCGCAGAUGACUUUCCGGGCCAACGAGCGGGUCAACUCGACGCUGGUAAGCAUGCAACAGGAGAACCUGAUCCCCAGUCAGAGUUUCGGAUACACGGCCGGUGCAAGCUACAGAAAGGCUCCUGCCAGCUUGACCCUCGGUGGAUACGAUGAGUCGCGCACUUCCAAAGGGUUGAGUAUUCCGCUCAGCACCGAUGAUCCGGAAAAGCCCUUGACGGUCGGUCUGCAGAGCAUCGUCGUGGCCAACUCGUUGAAUGGCACGCAGAACCUCCUCCACCAACCGAUUCUUAUUCCCAUCGAUUCAGCGGUCACCGAACUUUGGCUGCCGGAAUCAGUGUGUGAGGUGUUUGCAGCCGCUUUCGAUCUCCAGUACCAGCAAGUAUCUGGGAGGUACGCCAUCACGGAGGAGACACGAACCAAACUUCGGCAGCUCAAUCCGAAGUUGACGUUUACCAUCUCGGACGGAUUCGUACAGGGGCGUAGCACUAAUAUCGAUUUCCCAUACUCUGCGUUUGAUUUGCAAGCAGAAUACCCCAUCUUUCCAGAGUCAACCAGCUAUUUCCCGAUAAGAAGGGCUGCAAAUGACAGUCAGUAUGUACUGGGGAGAGUAUUCCUCCAGGAGACGUAUAUCGGGGUUGACUACGAACGGGAAACGUUCAACGUGAGCCAGGCAGCUUUCCCGGAUUCGACAGAGGCAGCAAAGAUCAUAACCAUCACAUCACUCGACUCUAGUACCAAUUCAACAGGAGGAUCUGGAGAAGCGGCAACGGCUUCGCAACUCUCGGGCGGGGCGAUUGCGGGCAUCGUUGUGGGUGCAGUGAUUGGAGUUGGAGUGAUUGCAGCGUUGAUCUGGUUCUUUUUCUUCCGACGGGCUCGACAGUCGAAGAAGGAAGGAAAGAGGAAAGGAGAAGAAGAAGAAGAAGAAGCAGAGGAAAUGUCGAGCACAACGCAGCUAGAAGCGAUUGAGGAGCAAAGAUUACCCAGCAAAUCAUAUGAAGCAGAACCGGCCGAACUACACGGUGCGCAUGGAAUACACGAGGCGGGAAUACCUCACGGCACGUUUGUGGAAAUGGAUGGGAGGAUGACUUCGUAUAAAUAUGCGCACGGAGAGAUUGCCGAGCUACCAGCAGACGAUAUGAUCUACGAAGCGGAUGGAGGAGCGAACACGUAUAAGCAAGGCGAAGACAAGAGUGCCGCUGCGUUUCCCGAGAAAUCAAGAUGACACGGGGCGUGGGCACUGAUUUGACCUUUUUUUUU